AUGGCAGACUCAUUAUUAAGUUUUGUUCCUAUGGUGCUUCUUGGUUUAGUUUUAGUCCUUGGUGUUAUUGUCCCUAAUGCUGAAGCUAGGCCAAGAGCGUUCUUUGUAUUUGGAGACUCGCUUGUUGAUAGUGGAAACAACAACUAUUUGCUUACCAUUGCUCGUGCUGAUGGUCCUCCUUAUGGAAUUGACUAUCCAUCUCGGAGACCAACUGGCCGUUUCUCUAAUGGCUUCAACAUUCCUGAUCUUAUCAGUCAGAAACUUGGUGCUAAGUCUGUUUUGCCAUACUUGAGCCCAAAUUUGAGGGGGGAGAAUCUCUUAGUUGGUGCUAGUUUUGCAUCAGCUGGAAUUGGAAUCCUUAAUGAUACUGGAGUUCAGUUUAUGAACAUAAUCAAAAUGCAUACACAACUAGAGUACUUUGAAGAAUACCAACAAAGAGUGACGGCUCUAAUCGGUGCUUCAAAGACUAAAAGACUAGUGAAUCAAGCACUGGUCCUCAUCACUGUGGGAGGCAAUGAUUUUGUGAACAACUACUACCUAGUUCCCUCUUCUGCGAGGUCUCGCCAGUAUCCACUGCCAGCGUAUGUCAAGCUCCUCAUCUCUGUGUACCGAAGGCAUUUGCAGAGGCUGUAUCAUCUGGGAGCUAGGCGAGUUCUUGUGACAGGAACAGGGCCAUUGGGUUGUGUCCCUGCAGAACUAGCAAUCCGCAGCAAAAAUGGAACCUGUGAUCCUGAGCUACAACGUGCUGCGGCGUUGUACAACCCUCAACUAGGACACAUGCUAAGAGAACUCAACCAGAAAUUUGGCAGAAACAUUUUCAUUGCUGCAAAUACAUCACUAAUGCACCUUGACUUCAUUAGUAAUCCAAAAGCAUAUGGAUUUGUUACAUCAAAAAAAGCUUGUUGUGGGCAAGGACCCUACAAUGGUAUUGGGCUAUGCACGGCAUACUCCAACUUGUGCCGGAAUCGAGACUUGUAUGCAUUUUGGGAUCCAUUCCAUCCAACUGAAAAGGCAAACAGACUUAUAGUGGAGCAAAUUAUGUCAGGCACAACAGAGUACAUGAUGCCAAUGAACCUCAGCACCAUUCUUACCUUGGAUGCUAGCACAUGAACAUGACAUUAAAGAACCUAAUAAAUGACCUGACUCUCAUUGACCGCUCUUAAU